GGUGUCCGAUGGGCAAAAUCUCGUCGUACCUCCACGACGACGUGCACGAAGGCGACACGCUGCAAGUGUCGGUGCCCUGCGGCGACUUUUUCUUGCAGGACGCCAGUGACAAGCCGAUCGUGCUCCUUAGCGGCGGCGUCGGCAUCACGCCCUUGGCCGCCAUGGUCCACGACCUCCUCGACAAGAACGUGCCCAACACAAUCCUAUUCGUACACGCGGCGCGGUCGCCGGCCGUCGAGGCGCUUCGCGACGAACUCCGCGCGCGGACGGCAGACAAUGUGUCGUUUGUGAGCGUGUACGGCUCGCCGGUCGACGGCGAGCGCCACGGCCGCCUCAGCGCCGACCUCCUCGACGAGAUCAUUCCCACCAAGGACGCGCACUACUACUUUUGCGGUCCGCCGGGCUUUAUGCGCUCUGUGCGCGACAUUGUCCUAUCGCAGUGGCACAUUCCGGCGUCGCAAGUCCACUACGAGUUUUUCGGACCCCACGACGCGUAA